AUUGUAAGAAUUGUGUGUUGUAUGCAUCAAGCGAGUAAUGGAUUUUUCUUCCUUCUUUUAUCUUAUAAGCAUCUCCGUUAUUAUUAUAGCUACAGAAGCAACAAAUAUAUUAUGUCCAAUUCAAAGUUUGUUUCAAUUGGGAGAUUCCGUCUCAGACACAGGGAAUCUAGUGCGAGUCCUUCCUGUGGGUCCCACUCUCCCCGCCUCUAAGCCGCCGUACGGUGAAACUUUUCCCGGCAAACCUACCGGCCGUUGGUCUGAUGGCAGACUCAUCAUAGACUACACAGCUAUGGCUCUUGGGAUUCCCCUGCUGAACCCCUAUUUAGACAAGAAUGCUUCAUUCAGAAAUGGAGUCAACUUUGCGGUUGCUGGGGCUACGGCGCUUAACUCUUCUUUCUUUGUUUCAAGGGGAAUUAUUGUUCCACCUGAUGUUGGCUCACUGGACCUUCAACUACGCUCCUUUCAUACAUACCUCGCCUCAAUUUGUUCCACCCCACGAGAAUGUAGUGAAUAUCUGAGACAGGCUCUGGUUUUCGUGGGUAGAAUUGGAGGAAAUGACAUCAAUUAUCCUUUAACACAAGGCAGAUCCCUUGAAGAAAUCCGGACCUAUGUGCCUCUCAUAAAUCAAGCUAUUUCCGAUGCCAUAAGAGGGAUUAUUCGAGCUGGCGCCUCGCGAGUAGUGGUUCCUGGAAAUUUUCCGAUUGGAUGCUUCCCUUACAUCCUUGCUGCUUUUGCUAGCAACGAUUCCACAAACUACGACGAACUUGGUUGUGUAAGAAGCGUCAACAAUCUUGUCGUUUAUCAAAAUAAUAACUUGCAAGCCACACUAGACACUCUGAGAAAGGAAUUUCCCGGUGUAGCCAUAAUCUAUGCAGACUACUACAAUGCUUUUCUAACAACUUUACGCCGUGCGCCCUUCAUCGGGUUUGAUCGAACAACUCUACUGACGCCAUGUUGUAAAAGCAGACAAUUCGAUCCUCUCAGUCUUGAAUUUUGUGGGAACCCAACUGUGCCGGUUUGUCCGAACCCCCAACAAUAUAUACAUUGGGAUGGCGUGCAUUUGACACAAGAAGCUUAUCAUCGUAUCUCCCAAAUUGUGAUACCUUAUAUUCUCCCCACAAUCAUAUGCUUACGUUGAAAAAAUUAAUGCGCUACUAUAUAUAUAUUUAAAUAAGACUGGUUAUUAAUUAGCUAUAUAUAUAGAAGCAAAUCCAUGGA